UUUCCCCUACAGCAAAUUUGACGGGACACGCGGAGAAGGUGGGGAUUGAGAAUUUCGAGCUCCUGAAGGUCCUGGGCACAGGAGCUUAUGGAAAAGUUUUCCUGGUACGGAAAAUCAGCGGCCAUGACUCCGGGAAGCUUUACGCCAUGAAAGUCUUAAAGAAGGCCACGAUAAUCCAGAAAGCCAAGACGGCGGAGCACACGCGGACCGAACGCCAGGUGCUGGAGCACAUCCGCCAGUCCCCGUUCCUUGUAACACUGCAUUACGCUUUCCAGACGGACACAAAACUUCAUCUCAUUUUGGAUUACAUUAAUGGAGGAGAACUUUUUACUCACUUAUCCCAGCGGGAAAAAUUCACGGAGAGUGAAGUACGAAUCUAUAUCGGGGAGAUCGUCCUGGCCCUUGAGCACCUGCACAAGCUGGGGAUCAUUUAUCGGGAUAUCAAACUGGAAAAUAUCCUCCUGGACUCCAGCGGCCACGUGGUGCUCACCGACUUCGGGCUCAGUAAGGAGUUUCUGUCGGACGAAAAUGAAAGAACCUAUUCCUUCUGUGGGACGAUCGAAUAUAUGGCGCCAGAGAUCGUCAGAGGCGGAGAUUCUGGACAUGACAAGGCUGUGGACUGGUGGAGUUUGGGGGUCCUGAUGUAUGAGCUGCUGACGGGAGCUUCACCCUUCACUGUAGACGGAGAGAAAAAUUCACAAGCCGAAAUUUCUAAGAGGAUAUUAAAAAGCGACCCACCUUAUCCUCAAGAGAUGAGCGAGACCGUGAAAGAUCUCAUUAGAAGUCUGUUGAUGAAAGAUCCUAAAAAGCGUCUCGGCUGCGGUCCAGCGGGCUCAGAUGAAAUAAAGAAACAUCCUUUCUUCCAGAUUCUGAAUUGGGAGGAUUUAGAAGAAAAGAAAGUCCUUGCGCCCUUUAAACCGGUCAUCAAGGACGAGCUGGACGUGGGGAACUUUGCAGAAGAGUUUACAGAUAUGGAUCCCACGUACUCUCCUGCCGCUCUCCCCAUGAACGCCGACCGGAUAUUUCAGGGUUACUCCUUUGUUGCUCCAUCCAUCCUAUUCAAGCCCAACGCUGCCAUUGCAGACACUGUCCAGUAUCACCUGGGGACGGAGCGUCCAGGGGUCACAAACAUCGCGAGGAGCGCCAUGAUGAAGGACUCUCCCUUUUAUCAUCACUACGAGCUCGAUCUGAAGGAGAAGCCUUUGGGCGAGGGCAGCUUCUCCAUCUGUCGGAAAUGUUUGCACAAGAAAACCAACCAGGAGUAUGCGGUGAAAAUAAUCAGUAAACGAAUGGAGAGUAAUACCCAAAAAGAAAUUGCAGCAAUGAAGUUGUGUGAAGGUCACCCAAAUAUAGUGAAGUUACAUGACGUUCACCACGACCAGCUUCACACGUUUCUCGUGAUGGAAUUAUUGAAAGGUGGAGAAUUAUUUGAGCGUAUAAAGAAGAAGAAAACAUUCAGCGAGGCUGAAGCCAGCCACAUAAUGCGCAAACUAGUGUCCGCUGUCAGCCAUAUGCACGACGUUGGGGUUGUACACCGGGACCUGAAGCCAGAGAAUUUCCUGUUCACAGAUGAAAGUGAUAAUUCUGAAUUAAAAAUCAUUGAUUUUGGCUUCGCACGGUUAAAACCACCCGAUAACCAGCCCCUUAAGACCCCCUGCUUUACCCUGCAUUACGCCGCGCCCGAACUUUUGAACGCAAGUGGCUACGAUGAGUCAUGUGACCUCUGGAGUCUGGGGGUCAUCUUAUAUACAAUGCUGUCGGGUCAGGUGCCGUUCCAGUGUCACGAGAAGACCCUGAUGUGCGCCAGCGCCGAAGACAUCAUGAAGAAAAUUAAGCAGGGCGACUUCUCUUUCGAAGGAGAAAGCUGGAGAAACGUUUCUCAGGAGGCAAAGGAUUUAAUACAAGGGCUUCUUACAGUCGAUCCCAAUAAAAGAAUCAAGAUGUCUACCCUGAGGUAUAAUGAAUGGCUUCAGAAUGGCAGCCAGUUAUCUUCGAACCCUCUUAUGACCCCCGACAUCCUGGGCUCAGCCGGAGCGUCGGUGCACACUCACGUCAAAGCCACAUUUCAUGCCUUCAACAAGUACAAGCGGGAAGGUUUCCUCCUCCAGAACGUGGACAAGGCCCCUCUGGCCAAGCGCAGGAAGAUGAAAAAGACCAGCACCAGCACGGAGACGCGGAGCAGCUCCAGCGAGAGCUCGCACUCCUCACACUCCCACGGUAAAACCUCCCCGACAAAGAGCGCGCAGCCGGCCGGCCACAGCGACAGCAAUAACCCCGACACUAUCUUCCAGUUUACGGACUAAAGACGUGAAACCAGGACGACGCGGCGGGUGCCGUGCCACAGGACGCCACUCGUGGGCUUUGCAAGCAAUUAGCCAUUUUCUUUGUAAAAGAACCAUAUGGUGCUGCAAGGGCUUCUGGGAGUCGGGGGGAUGAGAACUUUAGCAUGCGACCCCCCUUUUCCCCUUUUUCUCCUGCUCAGGAGUGAGAGGAGUUUUUAAGAUCACGCAAAAAAAAAAAAAGGGCUGCUGCGGACAAUCGCAUAUCUCGCCUUAAUUAACCCCUUGGCUGCUGGGAAGGCCCCCGUUUAUCACGAUUUAUAAGGUUCGACCUACCUGCCGGGAAGGAGCGGGUCACCCAGGGUGAGGGUGGCCUUUUAUUUGCGUAUAUGAUACAGCAGGCCUAUGCAACCUUUUUUUGGCUCUCCAGCAGCAACUAGGGCAUGCUGAGACUUGUGGUUCGAUGUCCGAUCUGGUAAUCCCCCCCCCCCCCCAAUCCACCUUUAGAAAUGUUAGCACUUUGUUCUGUGAUAGGUGGCUCUGUCUUUAACCCUUUGCACUCGGCCUCUCAUAGUCCUUCAUUUCAAGUAGAGCCCGGAGAGUAGACAGCAGGCACGUCGCGCUCGCUCUUCUGCUGUAUUUUUUUUAUUUUAUUUUAUGGAGAUUUUAACGAGAAUGCACACGGACGCAGUUCAGAGGUGUCAGCCCGCAAAGGGAUCAUUUAAAAAACAAACAAACAUUGCUUUUGUGAACUUUCAAGUGAACUUUUGCGCUCUGUUUUAGAACUUGAAGUAGCAGACGCGAGGAAUUGCGAAAUGUUUUAGAGGUUUCUUGAGAUCCGUUUUUACUCUUAGGAGCGUUUUCCACUGUGAGUUUACUGCACUAGAUAUACGGAAGAUCUUAUUGUGGGGGUCCAGGACGGCGCCUCAUCCUGCCUCUUUUUUAUACACGGCUCAAAAAACUAAAGGGAACACUAAACAACACAAUGUAACUCCAAGUCACUGACACUUGUGUGAGAUCCCACUGUCCACUCAGGAAGAACACUGAUUGACAAUCAAUUUCACAUGGAACAGACAACACGUGGAAAUUAUAGGCAAUUAGCAAGACACCCACAAUAAAGGAGUGUGUCUGCAGGUGGUGACCACAGACCACUUCUCAGUUCCUAUGCUUCCUAGCUGAUGUUUUGGUCACU